AGGCUCCAUCACUUUAAAGCGCCAGUUUCGGCUUGUUUUGGUCUGUUUACAUCGAUGGCAGGGCGCCUUUUCACCGUUCACAGCUGUAGCCGUUUCCAUUUCGACCAGUGAGUCGGUCAUGUUUCGUGGACGAGGGAUUAUAUAAGACAGCGAAACUGCUGUGAGGGUGACCCUUGACCCCUAAUGAUCGUGUGUAAGGUGACCCGCUGGGCACUGACCUCUCCCCUAUGUGUCGGUCUAAGAAUCACAUGUAGGGUACCUGAGAUGGCCAGACCAAGUUCAAAUUUGGCAGAGUUUCGUAAAGAAUUUGCUAAGGCCAAGCACAUAGCAAUCAUCACUGGAGCUGGAGUGAGUGCAGAAAGCGGCGUGCCAACCUUCAGAGGAGCCGGGGGAUACUGGAGGACAUGGCAGGCCCAGGAUUUGGCCACUCCUGGUGCCUUCUCUCGUGAUCCUUCUCUGGUGUGGGAGUUUUAUCACUAUAGAAGAGAGGUAAUGUACAGUAAAAAGCCGAAUGCAGCUCACCUGGCUAUAGCCGAAUGCGAGGCUCGUCUCAGCCAGCAGGGGCGCUCUGUAGUAGUCAUCACCCAGAACAUUGAUGAGCUGCAUCAUCGAGCCGGCUCAAAACACAUACUGGAGAUCCAUGGUAGUCUGUUUAAAACUCGCUGCCUGAGCUGUGGUGAAGUUAAGGAAAACCACAAGAGUCCCAUUUGUCCUGCUCUGGAAGGCAAAGGAGCACCUGACCCCGAAGCCAAGGAUGCUAGAAUUCCAGUGAAUGAUCUACCCAGGUGUGAGAGGCGAGGCUGUCAUGGUCUUUUGAGGCCCCAUGUGGUGUGGUUUGGAGAGACACUAGAUGCUGACAUUCUGACCAGCGUGGAACAGGAAUUGGAGAAAUGUGAUCUCUGCUUAGUGGUGGGUACUUCUUCCAUAGUUUACCCAGCAGCCAUGUUUGCUCCUCAGGUGGCAGCUAGAGGAGUGCCUGUGGCCGAAUUUAACACGGAGUGCACACCUGCCACUAUGCGCUUUGUGUAUCACUUUGAGGGUCCUUGCGGCACCAUGCUGCCUCCUGCACUGGCGCGCCAUGAAAGCGAGCCCGUCUGAAAACCCACAAACCUGCCCCACAUAGAGCACUUUAUUAAAGAGGGCACAUGUCCAUUCUCUGCUGUUGCUUGUGUUCUUUUAAAUUCUGACCUUGUGUCCUUAUUGACAUGAAUGCAAAAUUGAAGAAUUUUGACAAAAAUAAACAAUUCUCUUUGCCUUUU